UCAGCGAAGGAAUACUGUCACCAUCACUCAACCAGUACAAAAUUGGACCUGUAAUUUGCAGACAUGGCGACUCUUAAAGUGCUAUAUAGAGCGGAGAAUGUGAUCUUCAGGAACGUGUCGGCCAAGAUCAAUUCGAGACACUCGCUUAGUAAGACGUGUUGCAGCUACUUUUCCACUUCAAGUCAACGGUCAGCACGAUUUUAUUCUGACCCUCUAGAUGCUGUCAAAGAUAUUCCUAAUGGAGCUACUGUUCUUGUUGGAGGUUUUGGUUUAUGCGGUAUUCCAGAGAACCUGAUCAAUAGUUUGCUGAAGACGGGGGUUAAGAGUCUGACUGCAGUCAGCAAUAAUGCAGGAGUGGAUGACUUUGGCCUGGGCCUGCUCCUGCAGACCAAACAGAUCAAGCGCAUGAUCUCGUCAUAUGUUGGGGAGAAUGUGGAGUUUGAGAGGCAGUAUCUCGCUGGUGAGUUGGAGGUGGAGCUAACCCCACAGGGUACACUUGCGGAGCGGAUUAGGGCCGGUGGCGCAGGUGUGCCUGCCUUCUUUACUGCCACGGGCUAUGGGACACUUAUCCAGGAGGGAGGAUCUCCUAUCAAAUACAACACAGACGGCACCAUUUCCAUUGCCAGCGAACCCAGAGAGGUGCGAGAAUUUAACGGCAGGCACUUCAUCAUGGAGAAAGCCAUCACUGGUGACUUUGCGCUGGUCAAAGCCUGGAAAGCAGAUAAAGCCGGAAAUGUCAUCUUCAGGAAAACCGCACGAAACUUCAACCAGCCCAUGUGUAAGGCAGCCAAGAUCACAGUUGUGGAGGUGGAGGAAAUUGUUGACGUAGGCACAUUUGCAGCAGAAGACAUCCACAUUCCCAGCAUCUACGUCCACAGAAUCGUCAAAGGAGAACAAUACGAGAAGCGAAUUGAGAGGCGCACAGUAAAGAAAGGCCAGACUGAAAAGCCUAAACCCAAGAAAGACUCUGAUGUUGUGAGAGAGCGGAUUAUUCGCAGAGCUGCACUAGAGUUUGAAGAUGGAAUGUACGCUAACCUGGGCAUUGGAAUUCCCAUGCUGGCUAGUAAUUUCAUUCAACCAGAUAUUACUGUUCACCUGCAGAGUGAGAAUGGCAUUUUGGGGCUGGGCCCAUACCCAACAGAGGAAGAGGUUGAUGCAGAUCUCAUCAAUGCUGGUAAAGAAACUGUCACAGUUCUUACUGGAGCCUCCUAUUUCUCUAGUGAUGAUUCCUUCGCCAUGAUCAGAGGGGGCCACAUCAACUUGACUAUGUUGGGUGCCAUGCAGGUAUCCAAGUAUGGAGAUCUUGCCAACUGGAUGAUUCCGGGUAAGAUGGUGAAGGGCAUGGGAGGGGCUAUGGAUCUAGUGGCCAGUGCCGGGACUAAAGUGGUUGUUACUAUGGAGCACUCUGCUAAGGGUGACAAACACAAGAUUCUGGACAAGUGCAACCUGCCUCUGACCGGAAAACAGUGUGUGGACCGAAUAAUUACAGAAAAGGCGGUAUUCGAUGUGGACAAGGACAAAGGUUUAACCCUAAUUGAGAUUUGGGAGGGUCUGACACUAGAUGAAAUUAAGAAAUGCACAGGGACAGACUUUGAGGUCUCUCCUAACUUGAAACCAAUGCAGCAGAUUUAACUCUUAGGCAAAAAUGCUUAAGAUUGUUGGGACUAUUCACAACUGGUGGAAACCAGACACUUGUUAAAUCCCCCAUGUACAUCCUUUGGAGGUACUAAAGAUUUGUGUGGAAAUUUGACUGAAGCAUGCUCAAAACAACAAAUAUUCAAUAUGCUCCUCAAGCCACAACAGUGUCGUCAUCUGUUAAAAUAACUUCAAAUAAUGUGUUACCUGAAUGCGUAGUAUAAGCCAUCUGUUUUUUUUUUUUUUUCAGUUUAGCAAUUGAUUGGAAUGCAACGGUUUUGCAGAAUAUUCUCAAAGAGUAUUGAAUGUAGAAUAUUGUCAAUAAUAAGUAUUGUAUUUAUACAGGCAGAAUAAUCUGUCUACAUUUCACAAAACAGAAUUGUCAUGUUCUAACUCAAAUUUACAGGUAAAAUUUUUGAUUUUACAGUGUACAUAUCCUUUGUACAAAACAAUAAACUUCUAUUUCUCACAAGUCGAAA